AUGUAUACGCUAAGAUAUUAUCUAGAUGAAAAUGGGAAAAGGGUUUAUACUAUCAAGCAUAUUGUCAAUGGAAAUGUAACAUUUUCAGCCCAUCCUUGUCGAUUUUCCCCCGAUGAUAAAUUUUCAUCACAACGAAUAGCCAUUAAAAAACGAUUUAAUUUAUUGUAA